GCACGUUUUAACUCCACGGGCUCUGAUCCCUUCUUCGUCGCCACCCUUCAUUCUACUCAAAAAUGGCGGCCGCCGCAUCCUCCUCCCUCGCGCUCGCCCCCUCCUCCUCCUCCCACUGCAAAACCCUAAAACCCCCAGCUCCCAAAACCCUAACCAUAACCCUGCCCUUGGGCUUCUCCUCCUCCUCCUCCUCCUACUUCCGAAUCCUUCCCUGCCUCCUCUCCCGGUUCCCCGCCGAUGCGUCUCCGGGGAUCGCCGGAGAGCGGCGGGGAUGCGGCGGCGGAGCACUCGGGGCGACGAUGGUGUCGGCUCCCUCCAUUGCCAAGCCCUUUCCCACCCUGGACUUCGAGACCUCGGUGUUUAAGAAGGAGAAGAUCACCCUUGCGGGCCAUGAGGAGUAUAUUGUAAGAGGUGGGAGGGAUCUGUUCCACUUGUUGCCCGACGCAUUCAAGGGGAUCAAACAGAUUGGUGUGAUAGGAUGGGGAUCACAGGGUCCUGCCCAAGCACAAAAUUUGAGGGAUUCACUUGCUGUGGCAAACUCUGACAUUGUGGUGAAGAUUGGCCUUAGGAAAGGUUCUCGUUCUUUUGAGGAAGCACGUGCUGCUGGAUUCACUGAAGAAAAUGGAACUUUGGGUGACAUGUGGGAGACUGUUUCAAGCAGUGAUCUUUUAUUGCUGUUGAUAUCUGAUGCUGCACAGGCGGACAACUAUGAGAAAAUACUCUCUCACAUGAAACCAAACAGCAUCCUUGGUUUGUCUCAUGGAUUUCUUCUAGGGCAUUUGCAGUCCUUUGGUCUCGAUUUCCCUAAAAACAUCAGCGUGAUUGCUGUGUGCCCCAAGGGAAUGGGCCCUUCAGUUAGAAGGCUGUAUGUUCAGGGUAAAGAGAUCAAUGGCGCUGGAAUCAAUUCCAGCUUCGCUGUCCACCAGGAUGUUGAUGGCCGGGCCACUGACGUUGCUUUAGGAUGGUCGGUUGCUCUUGGAUCUCCAUUCACUUUCGCUACUACCCUUGAACAGGAGUAUAAGAGCGACAUUUUUGGGGAAAGAGGCAUUUUACUUGGUGCUGUGCAUGGAAUUGUGGAGGCCCUCUUCAGAAGGUAUACCGAGAACGGCAUGAGCGAAGAUCUAGCUUACAAAAACACUGUGGAAUGUAUCACAGGGAUCAUAUCAAAAACAAUAUCGACAAAGGGGAUGCUUGCUGUGUAUAACUCUUUGACGGAGGAAGGGAAGAAGGAAUUCAACGCUGGUUAUAGUGCAUCUUAUUAUCCUUGCAUGGAUAUAUUGUACGAGUGCUACGAAGAUGUCACGAGUUGUAGUGAAAUCCGCAGCGUCGUGUUGGCUGGUCGUCGAUUUUAUGAAAAGGAAGGGCUCCCGGCUUUCCCGAUGGGUAAGAUUGACCAGACCCGAAUGUGGAAAGUCGGUGAGCGGGUUCGUGCGGUCCGCCCGGAAAGCGACUUGGGCCCGUUGCAUCCCUUUACUGCCGGGGUUUAUGUGGCCCUAAUGAUGGCUCAGAUUGAAGUUUUAAGAAAGAAGGGCCACUCCUACUCCGAGAUCAUCAACGAGAGCGUGAUCGAGUCGGUGGACUCCCUCAACCCCUUCAUGCACGCGCGCGGGGUGUCCUUCAUGGUCAACUGCUCCACCACGGCCCGCCUGGGGUCGCGGAAGUGGGCCCCGCGUUUCGACUACAUCCUCACCCAGCAAGCCUUCGUGGCCGUCGACAAGGAAUGCCCUAUCAAUCAAGACCUCAUCAGCAACUUCUUGUCAGACCCCGUGCACGGCGCGAUCGAAGUUUGCGCCGAAUUGCGUCCUACCGUCGACAUCUCGGUGCCUCCCGAUGCGGACUUCGUGCGCCCCGAGCUGCGUCAAACUGGCAAUUAAGAUAUCAAAUCUUAAUUUUGAUUGAACCCCAUUAAAUAUUCAGUAUUAGUAGUACUUUUUCGAUUGUUCUAAUCUUAAGGCUUUGUGCUGCUCAAUUUGUUGUGACUUGUGAGGCUUUUUUUUUUUUUCCCCUCUUUAAAAUGGAGGGAUUUGAGUAUGUAAUGACUUUAUGAGUUGUUGUGUUUGAACUAACGCAUUUUGAUUAGAAUAAAGCUGGUGCUUAUAUUAGUUUGACAAUA